AAUAAUAAACUCAAAACUCUCAUAUUAAUAUAAUUACGGAGUAAUCAUCUUGUUGAAUUGGGCAAUCUAAGAACCUCACCACAAUGACAAGAAGAGCCAACAAUUAGCUAGCCGGACAUGGACGGCAACAACGACUGGGAUCUUUCUGCAGUUGUGAGGAGAAGAAGUUGCAGAAACGACAACAAUGGCGAUUCUAGUAAGUAUAACACCCAAUGUGUCGAUGAUGAUCACGGCUUUCCUGGACGACAAGAGCCAGAGAGCCGUGAUGAUCAUAUAAAAAGAUGCUACUUCGGCUUAGAAGAAGUUGUUGACCGCUUCAUCAACCGAGAGAAGGAAAGUGGGAAAUUGGGCGAAGGUUCGGGGAGGGAGGGCCCACAAGCCGAUCAAAUGACCACCCCGUGCCCGGCGGCUCUGAAGCCACAGAGCCGGCGGGGAAUGUUGUCGUCGGGAAAAGAAGUGCACGUGGUUGAGGUUGCGCGGGAGAAGGUGGAGGAGUGGGACGGGUGGGUGUGGCGCAAGUACGGGAAGAAGAAGGUGUGUGAUUCGCCGCAUACGAAGAGUUAUUACCGGUGCAGCCACGAGGGGAACAACAAGUGCCCUGCAAAGAAACAUGUCCAGCAAAGUCUAGGGGACGAAACCAAGUUCGUCCUUACUUACAGAGGACAGCACAACCACCUUCCUCCUGUCCAGAGCAAUGCAACCAAACGUAGGAAGAGGAACACAACUUCCUAAUCAUCCUACCUGAGAACCUAAGGGUCCGUUUGGUACACGGAAUUGACGGAGUUGGAAUCAAAAUUUUAUUGAAUUGAAUUCUCCAAUUCCAAUUCAUGUUUUGCACUACCAAUUCCAAAUCUGCAUAUUUUUGUGCUACCAAACAGCAGAAUGAGAAUUGAAGAUCUCAGUUCCAAUUCUGUGGCUUGAAUUCUGUAUAUCAAACGGAGCUUAAAUGUACAAUCUUAGCUUACCAUGUUUAUCUUCUAGAAAAGAAAUAUAUAGCUAGUUU